UCUAGAUUUGUUCUUUGCCAAGAUUAUUUAAACAAUUAAUUCAUUGUGGAGUCUUGUUGCAGUUAAAAAUGAAAAUGAUUUAUUUCAUUUUAUUGCAACUGUUUCUGUUUGUCAACUGCAAUCACCCUCAUUAUCAGCCUGAGCAAAUACAUAUUGCAUAUGGGGAAACCCCCCUGGAAAUACUGAUCACCUGGUCGACAUUCACGCCAACACCAAAUUCAGUUGUCGAAUAUGGUGUCCUUGAUCUUACGGAAAGUGCCAAAGGAUCAGCAAAACGGUUUGUGGAUGGAGGUCAUGAAGCAAGGGUCCAGUACAUACAUAGAGUUAGAUUGACAAAUCUCAGACCUAGAAGUAGAUAUAUGUAUCAUUGUGGAAGUGAUUAUGGGUGGUCUGAAAUGUUCUGGUUUUGGACUGUUAGCAACGAGUCUGAUUGGAUCCCUCGUCUGGCCAUCUAUGGUGACAUGGGCAAUAUCAAUGCCAGGUCACUUCCUAUACUUCAAGAAGAGAUCCAGCGAAACAUGUACGAUGCUGUAAUUCAUGUUGGAGAUAUGGCCUAUGAUAUGAAUGAUAACAAUGGAAGGGUGGGGGAUGAAUUUAUGAGACAGCUACAGCCGAUUGCGUCUUAUGUACCUUACAUGGUCUGCCCUGGUAAUCAUGAAGAGGCUUACAAUUUCAGCCACUUCAGAGAACGUUUCUCUAUGCCUGGUCAAAGUGAAAAUUUGUACUACAGUUUUAAUUUGGGUCCAAUCCAUUUUGUUAGUUUAAACACUGAGGCUUAUUACUUUGUAAAAUAUGGAAUGAAACUUCUUGUUAAACAAUAUGAGUGGCUAGUGAAUGACUUAAAGGAAGCUAAUCUACCAGAAAAUAGAAAUAAACGACCAUGGAUUAUUGCAUAUGGACAUAAACCAAUGUACUGUUCAGACAAUGUGGUUGAUGAUUGCAAAAAUAAGAAUAAUCGUGUAAGAACAGGUCUUCCUAUCUCUAAAUGGUUUGGUCUUGAAGAUUUAUUAUAUGAAAAUAAUGUUGAUGUUGCAUUCUGGGGGCAUUUACACUCAUAUGAAAGGCUUUAUCCUCUAUAUAAUUACACUGUGAGAAAGGGUCCUAAGAAGAACCCGUAUCACAAUCCUGAAGCCCCUAUUCACAUAAUUACUGGCUCUGCUGGCUGCCAGGAAAACACAGUUAACUUUACGCAAGUACCACCGCCAUGGUCAGCAUUUAGGAGUUCCGACUAUGGGUUCACAAUCUUGGACGUUUUUAACACAUCCCAUCUCCAUUUACAGCAAAUAUCAGUGGAGAAAGGAAAAGAUAGAAGUGUCAUUGAUGAUAUUUGGAUUGUAAAAGAAAAACAUAAUUUUCAUCAAAAUUAUAAUAAUUAAAUUGAUGGCUCAAAUUUUCAAUAUUUUUGAAGAGUGAUAUUUUUUAUUAUCUGGCCUUUAAAUAAAAUUACUGAUGAGUAUU